CUGCUGUUGACAGAUGGACUCGUGUAUGAGAACGCCCUCCCAUGACGCCUCCUCCCCAUUUCCGCCGGGGAGGAAAAGGGUAACAGGAGGAGGAGGACGAGGAGGAGAAACUAGUGACUGGAGGCGGAACACGAAUUCCUAGAGUGUGUUGAACAGAUAGGAAGAAACGUUGAAGAACAGUGGAGUUUUAUAAAUUUGUGGAUGGCGCAAGCUUCUGCAACCACUGAAGACUUUGACUAUUCCGUUGGGAAGCUUCCAGAUCAUUUGCUAAUAGAAAUUUUCACCAGACUGCCUCCUUCCCAAUUUGUUGUGAUAUCCUGUGUUAAAAAACAGUGGGCUACUUUGCUCAAAGGAGAACCAUUCUGGCAAGCUGCUCUUGUCAAGACUUGGCCUUUUGCUGGCGAAAGGAAGAGGUGGCCAGGUCCAAUUUCUCAAGGCCCAAGCAGAAGGCGAUAUGCAGCUUUGCAUGUUACUAGAAAUAUUUUCUCAGUUAAUGAUGAGAUUGGCGAGCUCAUGGGCCACGUUUAUUUGUUUCUGAAAGAGAAGCUUGAGAAUGCAACAGGAACCCUACCAACCAGGAUACUUCAUGGAACUGUCAUUGAUCAGUUUAUCACCUGUGGCAAAUCUAGAGAUUGUGCCCAUGAGCUUGCUUCACAAAUAUGGUUAGCUGUGAUCAACAACUUGGAAGAGAAUGAGCAUACGUUCCAACUGCUCAAACAUCUUGCCGAAAGAGCUGCCUUUCUUCCAGAUGAGUAUAGAUUCUCUUCUGAGGUUCAAGGACGGAUUUUCGAGAAGCUUUUCACAGAUUUUCGUGAUUGUUUAGUUCAUGGGGAGCGAGAUAUUAUGCUGGCCUGCGCAAGGAGCAAAUUUCAUCCGAUUCCAUGUGCAUGGUUGGGCUACUAGCAGCUCCUCCACUUCAACGAUGCCAUGUGCAGGUCCGGGCACCGAAAGACCAUUUGGAAGCUGUGCACGGGUCUCCGGAGAUACAUAUGCGUCCUUUCAUAUUUUUUGUGCUUUUACAGGUGAUGCGGCAAGGGAAGCUUCUUUGAUCUACCACCGAAUGGGAACAUGAGAUGUAUCCUCUCGACUGCCUCCAAAAUCUUCCCUUGUUUUGUCAAAUAGACGUCCGGAUACAGUCUUGCUCAUAUUCUGUGAUAACUAUAUAUUUAGAAACUCUGUUACGUGUAGAUACGCAAUGUGUAGAUAUCCUCCAUAGAAUUCAGCGUCAUGUCAUCUGUAUUUGCUCAUAGUGAUUCAGCUUUACUUGUGGCAACAUGUACAUUGACUUGGAAAACUUGAUUCAGUAUGCAGCUAAUGAGACUGAGACAGGACUUGCUCUAUCCAGUCACUACCAUGGACGAGCACAGGUCAGUCCUACUCAGCCUGCAGGGUGGCUCCUAAGCCUGUCAUGGUCCCCAUGGCCUUAGCCCAUUAUAUGCUGGAUUCAGUUUCUACGCCAGCCGUUUCCUUCUCAGUUAUGGAAAGAAAAAGGGUAGUCACUUUA